ACCUCCGGCUUUGGAGCUGUGACCCAGCACACCAGCUGUGGGACCAGUACAUCCGGGUUUGGCAGCACCAUCUCAGCGCCCUUCACAUCUAUGGUGUCAGCAGGCCCCACUGGCAGUGGGAGCUUUGGGACAAGCGUGCCUGCCCCCCACAGCAGCCCUACCACCGGGGCACUUGGCUUUGGGUCAGGGCGGAGUGGGAGAACUGGUCCCAAGAACCCCUUUUGGGGAGCCUUAAAACCGAGCUCCCUGGGUGCAGCUGGCCAGAGCACACCAACUGCUUUCCAUGUGGCCAGCACGCCUCAGAACACUCCUGGGUUUGCAGCCAUCACCUCGGCCUUUGCAGCUAUGACUCUGACCACCAGCAGUGGGAGCAGUAGGUCAGUGGUCGGCAGUACUUCUUUAUCACCCAUCACGUCCAGGGUGUCAGCAGGUCCCGCUGGCAGUGGGGGUUUUGUGAUCAGCAUGGCUGCCCCCGACAGCAACUCCACCACUGGGUCAUUCGGAUUUGGGUCAGGAUGGAGUCGGAGAACUGGUCUCAAGAACCCUUUCUGGGGCGCCUUGAAUCAGAACUCCCUGGGUGCAGCUGGCCAGAGCACACCCACUCCCAUCCACGUGGCCAGCACACCUCAGGACACGUCUGGGAUUGCAGCCAUCACCUCGGCCUUUGCUGCUAUGACCCUGACCACCAGCAGCGGGACCAGUAGCUCAGUGUUUGGCAGUACUACCUUAUCGCCCGUCAUGUCCAGGGUGUCAGCAGGUCCCGCUGGCAGUGGGGGUUUUGUGGUCGGCAUGGUUCCGCCCCACAGGAGCUCCACCACUGGAUCAUUCGUAUUUGGGUCAGAACGGAGUGGUAGAACUGGUCUCAAGAACCCUUUCUGGGGAGCCUUAAAACCGAGCUCCCUGGGUGCAGCUGGCCAGAGCACACCCACUCCCUUCCACGUGGCCAGCACACCUCAGAACACGUCUGGGUUUGCAGCCAUCACCUCAGACUUUGGAGCUGUGACACAGACCACCAGCAGUGGGACCAGUAAUUCAGUGUUUGGCAGCACUACCUCAUCGCCCUUCACGUCUGUUGUGUCAGUGGGCCCUUCUCACAGUGGGGGCUUUGGGAUGAGCGUGGCUGCCCCCCACAGCAGCUCCACCACUGGGGCGUUCGGCUUUGGGGAGGACAGAGUGGGAGCACUGGUGGCAUGACCCCUUUCUGGAGUGGCUUGAUUAAGAACUCUCUGGGUGCAGCUGGCCAGAGCACACCCUUUGCCUUCCACGUGGCCAGCAUGCCUCAGAACACGUCUGUGUUUGCACAUCAGAUUUGGAAUGGGCUCGCUGCCGGAGUCCAGCUCCAGCUGACGUGUGGGUCACGAAGGAAAGGACAGCGUCAGCGAGUGAGAUCAAUGAGGAGACAAAACACCCAAUUAAAGUUGUAACAUCUCCUGACAUCAAGCAGCAGGGUCUUUAUUUUUGUAUCUUUUUACGGUUUACAUAAUGUUGAACAUUUUUUAAAAUUAUGAAUAAUACAAUCCUUUUUCUGUCAGUUUACGUAAUUUCAGCUUAUUACCCUUAAUUAAAUAUCAUUAUUUCUUCUAA